UCUGUGGUGCGAGCGGAGGGAGAGAGAGGUCAGGCAGACAGACUAGAGGGGAUUUUGUUUUGAUUUGCAGCAUUGUUGCGGUGACCCCUCCCCUGGGCCCGGUGGAGUGGCCACGGCCCGACAUCGUUAUAAAAAGCCCGGUCGGCUCACCCUGCUCUGGCAUAGAGGCUGAAUGUCUGCAGGACAUGCUUAACGUUUGUCUAUCUAUCCAUGUUAUUCUACUAAUCACUAGCAGGGUUGGUAUACAUAGAUGCACAGAGGCUCACUUCGCCGCAUCGACCAGCAGCUCUCUAUGAAUGACAGACUGCACUAGAAAAGCCUCACAGCCACAUUACCUGACCAGUCUGCGGAUCCCACGCGUACAGAGAGUUGUAUGUGGAGCAGUGUACGUGCUGUCCCACUCGGGUUUAGAGAGACAGUCUCUGUUGUAGGAACAGUUUUUCGUAGUUUGCGUGCUGUCUGUUUUCCAACGUUCUUCCAUCCUCAGUGAUCAAGAAGACCCACCAAAGGAGCUUAUUCUAAAGGAGAACACUCCUUUCAUCAGAUUUUUCGUCGGAAGAGUCUCUUGCAACCUUUCCAUCCCUCCAUUGUUUUUCUUUGGUUGAUCAUUAUGUGGGAGUUCCGGUCCAUGUCGUUCUGGCGGGCGGUCUUCGCCGAGUUCUACGGCACCAUGUUCUUCGUGUUCUUCGGGUUGGGCGCAGCCUUGCGCUGGACCACCGGGCCGCACAACGUUCUCCACGUAGCCUUCUGCUUCGGGCUGGCCGCGGCCACACUCAUCCAGUCAAUCGGCCACAUCAGUGGAGGACACAUCAACCCGGCGGUCACCUUUGCCUACCUGAUCGGCUCCCAGAUGUCCCUGUUCCGUGCUUUCUUCUACAUGGUGGCCCAGUGUCUGGGAGCCCUGGCCGGAGCCGCGGUGCUGUACGGCGUCACCCCUAACAACAUGAGGGGCAACCUGGCACUCAACACGCUGCAGCCGGGCAUCAGCCUGGGCAUGGGCACCACCAUGGAGGUGUUCCUCACCAUGCAGCUGGUGAUCUGCAUCUUCGCCGUGACCGACGAGAGGCGCAACGGCCGCCUGGGCUCUGCCGCCCUGUCCAUCGGCUUCUCUGUGCUCAUGGGACAUCUUCUUGGGAUGUACUACACCGGAGCAGGAAUGAACCCAGCCAGGUCCUUCGCCCCUGCCGUCUUGGUCAGGAAUUUCGUCAACCACUGGGUGUACUGGGUGGGACCCAUGAUUGGUGGAGCCAUGGGAGCUCUGGUGUACGACUUCAUGCUGUUCCCCCGCAUGCGCAACCUCUCCGAGAGGCUGGCCACGCUGAAGGGAACCCGGCCCCCAGAGGCUGAGGGCCAGCAGGACCCCAGGGGGGACCCCACCGAGCUCAAGACCCAGGCCCUAUAAGCCCGGGAACACCGAGAUAUCCACUUUCUUACAACCCUCUCCCCCUCGACCUUCAUCCACCAACCCACACUCUAAAGCUCCUUGCCCCCCCCCCCCCCCCCCCAUGGCUCGAGACAAAGACCUCCAACUCCCCCCUAUGUCAGACCCACCAAUGGCCAUACCUAGACCCCUGGUGUCUUUUACAGAGUAGUCGAACUAUGCUGUUACCCCCCCCCCCCCCCCUCAAAAAAAGAACAUUUACAUUGAUCUGAUGAUUGAUCCAAUUUUCUCUCUCACCCCCUGCUCUGUCUUUCCCUUUCGACCUCUCUUUUAUCUGCUAGGAGUGAUGCUACAUUAGGGCAGUUCUGCAUGCGUUCUGCAUGUUUUUUCCAGUUUUUAUCCAGUUUUCGUUUUGUUCACAACAUCUUUGGGUAAAUUAUCAUGUUUUUUACUUUCCAGAAGUUUCCAGGUUUUUUUUGACUGCAAAUAUUUCAUUUUUUUUACGUGUGUUGAGGGCGUGCAUGUGCGUGCAUGCGUGUGUGUUUGUGUGUGUGCGUGUGUGUGUGUGUGUGGCUGUAUGUGGUUGUCCCCAAUCAAAAGUUUUUAUUUUGAGGCUAUUGUGGCCAAAACAUCCUAUUUGUUCAAUGCUUUUGUGUUUUAAUUUAACGCGCAAGUUUAUCUGAGAGAAUAUGCAGCCUUGCCUCCCGCUAACUUAAUAGUUUAACCAGCGCAACAUCCAGUAUUUUUGAGGAUCUUUUCUUUAGAUAGGAUGAUGUUAAGCCUUUUAAUCCAAUUCCCAUAAUUACAUAAAUAAUGCAACUUCUGGGCACGCACACACAUUUAUAUGAAAAUAAACACACAAAUCAGUCAACCAUCUGGUCGUUUCUGAGCUUAAUCUUUAAUACCUUUUCAAAUGUUUACACAAUAACUGCAGAAUUAUUUGGCUACCUGACGUCUUUUUUAUUAUAUGGAUUUAAGUGAUUUUGUUCCAAAUCAGUAUGAUUUAUGCAGCAUUUGUGAUGAUGUCCUUUUUUAGCGAUUAGAUCAUUGGUUAUUAUAGAUCCAUGUACAGGUGUGUGACAGUUGGUUUGCCUUUCCUUUUGCUUGUAUGCCAUGGAAGAAAACAAAGAAAUUCAACACACUUUAAUGUGGAAUUAGCUUUACUACUGGAUUGUGUUUCUUUUUGACGACAUAAAGAGUUAUUUUUAGUUAUUUCAGUUCAUGUGGUUAAAAUAAGAGUGCUGUGACUUCUUCCAGUGGCUUCUAUUGGUUUACAUUUGAAGAAGAUUGAAUGAACCCCACUCUAAUUAACAGGGGUCACCUUGAGAUCAACAAACAUCUUUGGUUUCUACUGGAAAUGCGUGCCUGUAUUUUUAAAGACGAGAGUGAAUGAAACUUGAAGGUGAAGCUUCACAUUGGCUUUGCAUCCCCUCCAUAUUUACCCUUGCUUCCUUUGUUUACAUGAUGGCCAUUUUGUUCUGUUCUUUUGAAGGGACAUAUAAUGCUGCUAGGAGUAUCAUUUUGGGAAAGAGGAAGUUGACACUGGGACAACAGUUGCCAUUCAACAAAGCAAUUACCAAACCAGACGUGUAAGCUUUUAUCUCUUUCCGCUUUCUUUUCUUUAGCUUUUAGUUUGAUUUUUCCAGCUUUAGUUUUAAUUUUAGUGACUUUUGUUGACCUUCAAAUUGUUUUUCUAAUGGAAAGGCUUUGUGAUGUACAGUGUAAAGUUUUCUUUUUUUUUAAGAUUUACCUUGAUUAUGAAAAGGCGAUGGAUCAACCAUAUAGUAUUCAAGUUAUACAGUGUCUCCUCUUUGGAUGAUGGAUUAUGGAAGAUAUGCCAAUGUGAUUCACUGAUAUGUGAAAUACAAUCUGCCUUGGUUCAA